GGGGAGGCGAAAUACAGUACAGCAACUUCUGCUGAAACCUCUUUUGCUUGGUGGUGGCCAGUGCAGCGGACUGUUAGUCCAGCCAACGCUUCCAGUUGCGUCCAAUAAUGCGUGCGGAGUGCGGUGCUAUAAAAAGUUUGGCCACAAAGAAGAGCCAACUCCUCGGCUAACAAAAUACUUCCACGCCUUUGUUAGCACUUUAUUUAUUAUAACGAUUUUGGACUGGAAGAAAAUAAAGCGUGCUAUCAUGCCCAAAGUAGACGCAGAUGCACCUAAAGAAAAAGAUAUUCCUACUAAAGAAACCCCAGAAGAAAACUGGGAUAACGAUAAAGUGUCCAGUAAAUGCUCCGAACCUGAUUUGGCUAAGCCAAAGCGUGAGCAGAAAGAUAAAAUGGGUUUCCGCGAAAGGAAGAUUAUCGAAUAUGAAAACCGUCUACGUGCCUAUUCAACACCGGACAAAAUCUUUCGCUAUUUCGCCACAGUGCGUCUUACCACACCUACAGUUUCGGAAGUGUGCAUGACUCCUGAUGACUUUCUGCGUUCAAUUUAUCCUGGUCUUAUACAGCCAGAGGAUUAUCGAAUACGAAAAUCGUAUACGUCAAUUUUCUACACCUGACAAGGUUUUUCGUUACUUUGCCACUAUACAAGUGCCAACAACUGAUGAUCGCUAUGAGAUUUUUAUGACACCGCAAGAUUUUCUAACUAGCAUGACGCCAGGCAUGAAACAGCCAGAGGGCUUGGGACUGGACCAGUAUCGGCGCUAUGAUCCUAAGGACGUGGCUGAGUGUCUGAAGUUGCAUUUGGACAAGGACAGUAUAUUCUAUAAAUUGGGCUCAUACGGUUUAAUUACUUUCUCCGACUAUAUAUUCUUGCUGACUGUGCUUUCAACCUCUCGUCGUCAUUUUGAAAUCGCCUUUCAAAUGUUCGAUCUGAAUGGUGACGGCGAUGUGGAUAGCGAAGAAUUUGAAAUGGUAGCUGAUUUGGUGCGCCAACAAUCGACUAUUGGUAGUAGACAUCGUGAUCAUGCGGCCACAGGCAAUACGUUCAAGGGUGUUAACUCCGCUCUAACCCACUAUUUCUUCGGUCCGAACUUGGAUCAAAAGUUGACAAUACAAAAGUUUAUACACUUCCAAACGCAGCUGCAGCGUGAGAUUUUAACGCUCGAAUUUGAGCGCAAACAUCCGAAUAGCGAGGGUCUCAUCACUGAGGUUGAUUUCGCUGAGCUUUUGGUCGCCUAUGCUGGAUACUCCCAUAAAAAGAAGUCGCGUAAAUUGAAGCGCGUCAAGCGUAAAUUCAAAGACAAUGCUUUGGGUAUCUCCAAAGCGGAUUACCUAGAUUUUUUUCACUUUCUAAGUAAUAUUAAUGAUGUGGACACCGCCUUGACGUUCUAUCACAUUGCGGGAGCGUCCAUUGAUCAGGCAACACUGAAACAUGUUGCCAAAACUGUAGCUAUGGUGGAUCUAAGGGAUCACGUAAUUGAUGUGGUUUUCACCAUUUUCGACGAAGACAACGACAACCAACUGAGUAACCGCGAAUUUGUAGCAGUCAUGAAGAAUCGCUUGCAACGUGGCUUGGAAAAGUCGAAGGAUACAGGCUUUAUCAAAAUGAUGCGCUCAAUGUUAAAAUGUGCCAAGGAAACAAAGCCAGUGCUUCUGGAUCUUUAAGGCAAACACUUUUUUUGGUGAUUUGGCAAAUUGUGCUACGACUGCGUUUUCCAGAAAAUACCACAAUUUUGGAUAAACUUUGUAUAGCUUUCAGGCGCUUUUUCUUCCCCUCGAAUUAAGCUGCCAGUUCUUGUUGGUUUUUGUUACUAUUUAUUAAGCAUUACAACUUAUUUUUUAUUUAAUUUAAUAAAAAUGUUCUACGCGUUAAAAUGUGUCCGUUUUUU